GUUUGUCUGUCGCACUUUGCACACUUUUCGCAUAGGUGUGCUAUAACCAAAGUGUUUUCCCAGUUCUUAGCCAGCGGAAAUUGUAUAAUAAUUGCGGAAAAAACUGACCUGGACUGAAUUCGGAUUUGUGUCAGUGCUAGAAAGAAAAUGCUGCAGCGGCAGAAAUCGACGGCUAACAAAAGAUUUGGCAGUAGCCUUCUCCAAUCGAGAACCAUUUCCCAUCGGGCAGCCAAGUGAAGUGGAUAAAAUGGCUUUGGCAGCGACCCCAAAAGCAGGACCUUCGCGUGGCGGCAUGGCAAUGACCAUGAAUUCGACUGGUAGUUCUGUUAAUCAAUACGAGGAGAAUGCCGAGCACUUGCGCCAGCUGUUCAGCCAGAGCAAGCUGGUGUCCUUUAGCAUUGCCCACAUCACGUGUUCCGCGGGCAGCAGCAGCGGCGACAACUACAUGUCCGUGGUGAAGCGGGUCACUAUCAGCCGAGAGCCGCCGGCAAGAGAUCAGACCCAGGAUCAUGAGCAGACCAGAAAUGACAUCGUCACGGUCAUUGUCAAGCGGCAAAUUGCGAGUCUGUCGCGACGGCAGCUUUACCGCUGUGAGGAGGCCUUCAACAACGAGAUCAAGGCCUAUCGGCAUUUGGCUCCCCUUUUGGCAGCUUACAGCCGCCAGCAACUUUUUCCGGUGUGCCACAUUGCGGAAAGCCAGGAUCGCAAGGACUCCGAAAAAGGGGAGCCCAUUAUCGUGUUGCAGGACCUUAAAGCCUUGGGUUUUCGCAUGAAGGAUCGUCUAACUGGUUUGGAAUUGCACGACUGCCUGCUGGUGAUGAAGAAACUAGCCGAAAUGCAUGCAGCUUCGCUAGUUGCCCAGGAGUUGGACUCCGCCUCCUUCGCGUCUGAAGCGGAUCACCUUCAAGAGAUUGUCUAUUGCGAUGAGGCGACGGACUUCUAUGCCACCAUUCUCGAUACUUCGGUGCAGCAGGCUUUGGAAAGUUUAGGUGGCGCCAAUGUAAACGAUAGUCUGACCACACCCAUUCGCCUGCUCGGGGAACUCCGUACCAAUUUAUUUGGGAAGCUAAAGCAGGAGAUUAAUGCCGCUGCGGAGGCGCCACUGAGCGUGAUCUGCCAUGGUGACUUGUGGGUGAACAACAUUAUGUUUCGCUCUGAUCCGGAGGAGGUGAUCUUCUUCGACUUGCAGGCCAUGCGACGGACUUCACCCAUCUUCGAUAUACUCCAUUUUAUCUACACCAGCACGAGAAGGCAGCUAAGGGAUCUGCACACGGACACUUUGUUGGCUGCUUACUCCGAAGCUUUAGGUCAAGAACUAAGGCACCAGUUGGAGGGUACCCCAGCCGCAGAGAGACUAGAGGAUCUAUGCGAAGCCUUUUCAUUGCAGCGACUGAGUGCGGAGUAUGUGCGACACGUGCAUUACGGCCUUGCCAUCGGCAUGUGGAUCCUACCAGCUGUCACUUUUGAUCCGGACAACCUGCCCAAUUUGGACGUAAUGAGCGAGCAAAAUCUCACUGGCAAGGAAAUAAAGUGCACCCAAACGCUCACCUCGGAGUACCAUCUGCGUAUCCGCGAGCUGGUGAUGGAGUUCUACGAGCUCGGCUAUCUCUAAACGAGAUGCAAAACUUGUAAAAGUAUUCUUAGUCAUGUAGUGAUACAAUUAACUCUAACGUUCGCAAUAAAUAGAUUGUAGAUUUGCCUUUGA